AUGUCGUAUGAUAUUGGAGCUCAUGUGAAUUUAAAUACCACUUCUUCCGAGGAUGAAAGUCAUUAUCACUCUAAAACUAAUGAUUCAUUUUCCUCUUCCAAUAACCAUACCAAUGAGUUCAAAGUGGGCUAUAAUGAAGUCACCGAGAAUAUAGAAACUUUGGCUCAUAAUAUAAAUAAUUUGAAAAGAAAAAUCAAUAUUGCAAGUGCUUCCACAGACAUUGGUAAAAAUAUCAAUGCUAAUGCAAGUAUUAAAUCUGAACUAGAGAUUGAUAAUCUGUUCAAACAAUCCAAUGAUAUCGAAAACUUCGUCAAUUUAAAUAUCAAUCGUUUAAUAAAUUUAGCAAAUUUCAACAAUUUAAAAAAUGAUUUUAAAAUAUUGAAGAAUGAUUUGAAAAGCUUAAAUCUUGAGUGGACUAAAAUAAAAAAUUUACAAAUAAAAUUGAGAAAGCAAUUAGAAAACCAAAAACCUAUUAAGAAAACAGUUGUAUCCACCACUACAACAACAGAUGGCAAUGGUUAUGUAUCGAUGAAUAUAAAUGAAGAAACCCCUUUAAUAAGGAGCGACUCUCAACGACAAUUACUACAGCAAACUGAAGCUGAUCCAAUAUUACAACAAGAAUUAGAUUAUCAAACAAUUAUAGAAACAGAACGAGCAGCAGAAAUAUCGAGAAUACAUCAUAAUGUAGGGGAAGUUAAUGCAAUAUUUAAACAAUUGGGAAGCCUAGUAACUCAACAAGGUGAGCAAAUUGAUACCAUCGAAGGUAACAUUGGACAAUUGAGAGAUAAUGCAGAAGCUGCUAAUACACAAUUACUACAGGCAGAGAAUCAUCAACGUUCAAGAAUGCGUUGCUCCAUUUGGGUAUUGAUAAUUCUGUUUUUUGUAAUAUUAUUCAUGCUACUAUUGGCAUAA